AUUAAUUUAAAAACAAUGUCAUUACGUCAACACAAAAAAUCGUCUAAGAAAAUCUAGAGGCAAAACACCAAGAAAGGAACAAAUUCGCGGUACUGUUAACAGUUUUUAGAAAUUUGGAAACGAAUAGUUCGCAAGCAGGAAGUUAGAAAAAGGCAGGAAAUUGAGAAGAAUACAAGAUAAACAUGAAUGAGAAAGAACCUCGGAAAGAACGCAAUUAAAUUAAUGUCUUGUGCAUCGUUUUUGAGGAACGAGUUGAAAAAAAGCAGCAUGGACAUCCAAAGCCAGAUCGUUGAAUCGUUCAAAAAUCAAACGAUUUUUCUAACCGGAGGUUCAGGCUUCAUCGGCAAAGUGUUCUUAGCUAAAUUGUUAAGUAUUUGUCCUGACGUAAAUGCAAUUUACAUUUUUGUGCGUCCAAAACAAAACAAAACACCAAGUGAACGAAUCCAAGACAUUUUUAAUUUUUCUUGCUUCGAACCUCUCAAAUCCAAAUGGCCCAACUUUCACGAAAAAAUCAAAUUGAUAAGUGGAGACUGCGAAAAAGUUGGCUUGGAUAUUUCGGCACAAGAACGGGAAAUUUUGAAACGUGAAGUGACGAUAUUCGUACACGCAGCGGCAAAUGUUAAGUUUGACCAAUCUUUAAAACUCGCUGCUUAUGCUAAUGUUAGAGCCAUGAAGGAAGUGCUAGAGUUGGCCAAAGAAAUAACUCGAUUAAAAGCAUUUCUUUAUGUAUCUACGGUGUAUUCAAACUGUCCUCACUCUCACAUUAGGGAAGAUUUCUACGAACCCGGAAUGAAAGCGGAAAAUUUAUUAACCCUUGUUGAAAGUGUCGACGAGGAUGUUUUAAAUGGGAUGACUCCAAGCUUGCUGAAAACGUGGCCUAAUACUUAUGUUUUCACCAAAUGUAUCAGUGAAGAUUUACUUAAGAGAGAAAGCGGUGAUUUACCGGUGGCAGUUGUUCGACCUUGCAUAAUUGUGCCUACUGUAAAAGAACCAAUAACAGCAUGGAGUGAUAAUUUUUACGGAUUGAUAGGGAUCGCUGUGGGGAUGCUACUAGGGGCUAUAAAGGUUAUGCCUGGUAAGCCAAAUAAUCCUAUGCAUGUUGUACCAUGUGAUUAUGUGGUUAAUUUAAUGAUGGCUAGUAUUUGGGAUUUAAUGCAACCUAAGUCCCCUGAGAAGGAAAAUAAAAUUGCUAUUUAUAAUCAUGUCCCCCCACCUGAAAAUACUGAAACUCUUGGUAGGUAUGAGGCCCUGGUACACAAAAUAAAAUGGGAUUACCCUCUCAGCAACAUGGUUUGGUUUCCUUUAUUUACAGUUGUGAGUUGUAAGCAUUGGUACAAAAUCCGUGCUUUCUUUCAACAUACAUUACUCGCAUACUUUGCCGAUUUUAUUCUAAUAUGUUUCGGUAGAAAAACAAUGGCGGUGCAACAAAUGCGCAAAAUUAGUAAACUGUUACUGCUUUUGUCCUAUUUUACUACAAACACAUGGACGUUUGAUUAUCAUAAUGUUGAAGCUUUAUGGUCUAGAAUGAAUGAAAAAGAUCACGAGUUGUUCAAAUUUGAACUUAUGUCUUUGAAUUGGACACAGUUGUGGAAAUUAUCGAUUAAACAUGGACGACUACAUUUGUUAAAAGAAAAAUUAGAAAAUUUGCCUUAUGGGAGAAAAAAGAUUAGAGUACUUGCCGUCGUCCACUAUGCUUUUUGUGUUUUAUUGUUGUAUUUAUGUUACAAGAUUUUCCAAUUGUGUUUUAUAUGUAAUUUCUAAUUUAAAUGGAAUAUUACUUUCAGUAAAUAAAUAUUUUAAGUAAGAAACUGGCCCAUUGUCCG